AACAGUAAAGAUGGCGACGUCUGUGGCUGGAGACGGCUGUUUUAUUCUAAAUGGGACUGUUUUGGAGCCCCAAAUUAAAAAAAUGACCGACCUGCCCGCUGAACUGCUCGAACACAUUUUGUGCUUCCCCGUCCUGAAACACGUGGACAUUUGCAACGUUUCCCGCACUUGCAAGCGGCUACACGACGUCUGCCACGGAAGGGGGAAGGUCUGGGGACACCAGUACAAACUCAGAUGGCCAAGAUUGCAGAAGUAUUACCGUCAGAAGGAGUGUUGUGAUUGGCUAAAAGAAUACAGAACACGGCAUAUUGUUGGUAUACAGAUCAGAAGGACAGUGGAAUCGAUCUCCAAGAGAUUCUUCACAGAAGUUCCUUGCGUUGGCCAGGUGCUGGGAGAUAGCUUUGCAGAGAUUGAGUCGCUUGGGGCGCCAGAGCACUUCUGUGAAGAUGAACUCCUCUUCAUACUCAAUUCAGACAAGAGGAAAACCUUGACGCUGAAAUACUAUGCAAAUAAAAUCUUAUACUUCCUGCGGCAGCAGAAAAUCCUACGGAGUUUGAAAACCUUUUUGGAACAGCCACAGGAGCAGCAGUCAGCUCUGCAAGGAGCUGUGCUGGUGGACCAGUAUUGUAACCCCUUGGCAGAUGUCACCUUGGAAAGUAUAUCAGCCCAGCUGGAUGAGAUCACUGAGAAGGUGAAGAAGAUGUUGCGAACCAAGAACCCCUCCCACCCCAGCCUGAGGACAACUCAAGGUGACUGCCUCGCUGUAGAGGACUUUGAGCUCCAGAGACAGGUGGUGUGUGCCCUUAACUCUGUCUUAUACGAGCAACUUCAAUACAAAGGCAAUGAGUUUGACUACUACAACCCUCUGAACUCUUACAUUCACCAGGUGCUUCUACGCUGUACGGGUAUUCCUAUAAGCCUCGCUAUCCUCUACAUGACACUGGCACGGAAUCUGGGAGUUCAGCUGGAGCCUGUUAACUUCCCCAAUCACUUCCUGCUGCGCUGGUGCCAGAAACUGAGAGGGACUGAGGACAUCUACGACUUUGUCUACAUCGACGCUUUUGGUAAAGGCAAGCAGCUGACAGCCAAGGAGUGUGAGUAUCUUAUUGGCCAACAGGUGACAGCGGAUUACUACAGUGCCAUCAGCACUACUGAGGUGCUGCUCAGGAUGGUGGGAAACCUGCUGAAUAUUGGCAAGCGAGGAGAGGGCAAUGAGAAAUCCUACCAGCUUCUGAGAGACUCUCUGGACCUCUACCUCACUAUAAACCCCGACAACGUCCAGUACUUGCUGCUGCAGGCUCGCCUCUACUUCCACCUGGGCAUCUGGCCAGAAAAGGUGCUGGACAUCCUGCAGCACAUCCAGGCAUUGGACCCCUCUCAGCACGGUGCCGUGGGCUACCUGGUGCAGCACACGCUGGAGCACAUUCAGCACAAAAAGCAUCCCAUGGAGCCCGAGAUGAAGAGGCGCAGCUCUCCGGAGCACCUGGGGGUGCAGUAUUCAGUUGGCCUCAUCAUGAAACACAAGAGGUCGGGUUACAAUUGCGUCAUUUACGGCUGGGACCCCAAGUGCACUAUGAGCCAGGAAUGGAUCACCACCAUGAGGGUCCCACAGCUCCCCAACGGUGACAACCAGCCCUUCUACAACGUCCUGGUCCAGGACGGCACCUGCCGCUAUGCUGCACAGGAAAACCUAGAGCCCCACUCAGCUCCCCUGGAGAUUGGCCAUCCGGAGGUGGGCCGCUACUUCUCAGAGUUCUCUGACACUCACUAUGUUGCCAACGAGGAGCUGCAGAUGUGUUACCCUGAGGACAUGGCAGAGACGCUGGGCACGGUCCGGCAGCUUUACCACAGACUGGCGCCCGCCACUAGCAACCAAAGCCAGAGUAGCGCUAUGGAGCAAAACCACGACCAAGCCACAGCGAUGUAGCCAAGCAUGUAUUUCCGAUUAAUCCCACGCCCACCCCACCUGCGCCCAGGCUGAAUUUCAUCCUCUCACACCCAUUCUCAGUUCACAGCCAAGCUUGCUGAUGCCUUCACUUCAGAUUAAGACUUGGUCAUGUUUACAAAUUCACAUCUGCAAUAAUGAGGUUGUAAUGAUAACUUGAUCUUGUCAGAAUAAUUCUGGAAAAUUAUGAAAGUGUUACAAGAAAUGAUGCAGUAGCUCAUGUGGCUUCAGCGUCACUCAGCUUUGAUACGAGCAGAGUUUAGAACAAGGAUGAAGACCAGAUGAUUUGAAGCGAACACUAAGGGGAAGGAGUAAAUUUGGGAUUGGUAGCCUGGCAAAUCUAACUUUACCCCACCCACCCCGUCAAGACAAGAAGCCACUCUCCUAUAACCACUCACAGUUCCAGUGCCACAGAGACUAACACGCACAUAAUGCAGACUUCAUUCAGAAAUGCUCUUCACUUAACUCAUCUCUCAAAUCACAUCUUUCAAUCAAGUUUCAUGCACUUGUGAAAGUCUAACUUUCACCUUUGUAGAAUGUUGUGUUAUUUUUUUUCUGUACAUUUACAAGUCAAACAUUUUAGAAUUUAAGGGCUCAUCGGUGUGUUGGGCUGCCUAUUUAAAAAACAAAAACAAAACAAGAAUGGACAAGGAGAAGGAGCAACUUGAAACAGGAAUGACAACUUUUGGUAAACGAGGAAAUGAGUGAUGGAAAUAAAACU